UGUGUGUGUGUGUGUGUGUGUGUGUGUGCUGUGCAUGUUGCCUGCUGAAGCCAGGCUGUGCGUCCUCCUCCUCGCACUCGUGUGCACAGGCGGCGUUUGUUGUUGGUCUUCACAAAAGGUCACGACUCUUAAAUCGGUUCUGUCAUUUCUGUCUUAAAGAAUACAUAUCUUAAUUCUGUAAAAGAAACAAAUUAUUUAUCGUACACAUCACUUCUCAAGGCACCAGUCUUUUUCUCUUUUUCUUUUUUUCCCUCGGCCUGCAGGAUGGAAGUGAAAUGUCACUGUACAGUAGUUAGAUUUGUGGUUGAUGAUGUUGUGAGACACUGAGGAAAGCUUCAGUGAUGAGGUGAAAACUGUCCUUUUAACUUUUGUUUUUUUUUGUUUGUUUUGUUGUUUUUUUUGGUGUGUGUGUGUGUAACAGAAAAGGGGCACAUUUUAAUGGAUGGGUAUGUUUUUUCCUGGCCUGCAAUGAGAUGUCAAAAUAAAAAAGCAAAUUUCCAAAGCUGACGAUGUUUUGAGAUCAACCCGUUUUGUUCUUUUACUGUGGAAUAAAAGCAACUUUCUGGUUCAUAAGCAAAACACUGGCUUCACUGACUUAAAUCUCACCUCUGUGUCUUUGAAUCUAUGUGUCCACUUGCAGAUUUUGGGAAAAAAAAGUGUGUUCUUGAUAUAUUGCCACUGUCACAGAAUUAACUUUUCAGGAAUUUAGGAGAGCAGACUCAUUUACUGCCUGUUCACACUGUAUUUUUGUCGUCACAAACAAACAUAGUACUUCCACCCAAGAUGACAUGAUCUCUUUAAAGUAUCACGUAACGACAGGGACGUGACAGAACGUGCUGCUAUUAAGAUGCUGCGGUGAAAAAGCACAAGUGUGACGGCCCAAACCGAAGGUGUGGAUUUUCAAUUUUCUGUUCUCAUCGUCCCGAAGCCGAGUGAAGGAAUCACUUUGUGUCAUUUAAAACAUCCUUUUCUUCAGCUUGCAGCUACUUUUGACUCCAUCUCUGUGAAACCAGUCCAUUGUCUUGUAACUCGUACCUUUACACCAUAAUUAUCUCCAUGUCUGUUGAUUCCACUUCACUUCAAAUCUCCAACCAUAUCUGACAAAGCUUCCCGGUUGUGUUCGCUCAGGUCAUAUUUUAUUUUGCCUGUUGUGUAUGGUGUGUUGUGUGUUUUUCAUUCUGCUGUGUGGCCAAGAGCAGGCGGCUUUGUUUACAUUUUACAAACCACAGAAAAUUCCAAAUUUGGAUUUGACACAAAAAGAAACGGCACUGAGGCAACGAUCCUGUGAGCUGCAGAAACGUUUUUGUUGAUAUCAAUGUCUCACGGAGGCAUUUUCAGGUACAUUAAAGCUUAAUUGAGCAUCAAAGGGUAUUUUCUAACCUUUCUUCCCUGUCUUCCUCACCUUACUUCACUCUUUCUCUCACACGCUUAAGAUCAGAAGUUUUUAUUUGGUGCCUGAUGGAAAACAAGCUGCUGCUGCGACUUUCUAAUAAAAGUUUUCACAGUAAAACUCAAAACAAAAGCAAAAUAAACCCUCAGAUGUCGCACAUCUGGAGGCCUGUUUCUGCCAGAAAAAUAAUACAAAAAGAAGUUAAAUGUUUUGUCUCAUAAAUUUGACUUAUUAUCUUGUUAUUUACAUUUAGUAAGCUAAGAUUUUGAUUUUUCAUCUGAUAUUUUUGGCUCUUUAUUUCAUAGUUAUGACUUAUGGUAAAAUGUUGAAUAACUAUCAUCAUUUAAAGCAAGAUUUUGACUCAAAAGUCAAGUAAACAUUAUUCUUACUAACUCAUUUCCUUUUCAAAAAACUAUCAUUUUUACUUUUUUAUCUCAUAAUUUUGACUAUUUCAUAAUUUAAGUCAAAUUCUUUCCUUAGGCUUAAAUGAUCAAACCUUUGACUUACUAUUUUAUAAUUGACUUAAAAAGAUAUUAUUUGGUCUAACUGUUUUUUUUUUUACAAAAUUUUGACUUACUUUGAGCAGUUUGGUUUUAUUCAUGUCAAAUUUUUCAUCUAUUUUUCCUUUUCCUGGCAGAAAUGGGCUUCCACACAUGUCUCAUAUUUAGCACCUCUGUAUGUAGUAUACUAAUACUAACAAUGUAUACAUACACAUGCACACACCACAUGUGCAAACAGAUCCUUGUGAAAUGUGUCAGUAACUAAGCUACAGUAUAUUCCUGAUGUCUUACAACAUUUAGACUUUAUCUCUUUGUUUUUUCGUGAGCAAGUUGAAAUUUAAUCAAGUAAAGACAAAUCCUUUGAGAUUCAGGAGGAACUAUUGAUUGGAUUUUCAACUACACACACAUGCACACACUCCGUGUCCUCUCAUCAAGUCACUGAAACACUGGGAAUUGUUCAUUUGAUUGUUUAUGUGGACUGUUUUUUACCCCUUGUUAUAUGAAUUCUGUUUUUAUUUCAGGGAAUUGUGCAUGGACUUUCACCUUGAGUUGAAUAUUUUGUUAUGUUUUGUUUAUUUUGUUGUUUUUUUGAGGGGGGGGGGUCUGUAACUAAAUAAAGGAGACUAUUUGAAGAAAAUCAACAGCUUCCUUGUGUGUGUACAGUUGGCGAGGAGCAGGUUCAUGCUGUGUGAAGGGUGACCAGCGUUUGACGCUUAGAGGAGGGCGGGAGAUAAACUGUUGCUGACGUGUCUGUGGACCAAUAGAGAGCCGGGGAUGAUUCGCACGUUGGCACAAUUGGCUUAAAAUAAAGACUAGUGCGCUCCUGGAGUUACAGCGAUGAUUGGGUGUUGGACUGUGCGUUAAAUCAUCAAGCUGGUGCCGUGUGUUUGAUAGCAGCCAGCGGUGAUUGAAAGGCGGGCGAUGCGGCAGAAUGGUGCCUCCAGUUUCCUGCAGGGUUUGUGUGCGGGAUUAGCCGCUACUUAGCUUUGUGUGUGUGUGUAUGACUGUGUGUGCGCGUGUGUGUGUGCGCGUGUGUGUGUGCAGACGCAGGGCGCUUCGAGCCGCCAGCACAGCCGCGUCAGGUGGAUGCGCCUGCAGUGAUCCAGGUCGCCCCUAUGGAUCGCGUCCAUGGAUGUCUUCAAACCCGCUUUGGACAAUAGUUUGAGUCCCAAGGCGUGCGUGUCCUCAUCGGAAGAAGCAGAAGCAGAUGUUUUUCGCUGGCCGACACCGCAGAAUGGGAUCAGCGCCACGCGGGAUGCGGGACCCGCUGCGCCGGGUUUCUGGACGGCCGUGUUCGACUAUGAAGCGACUGCGGACGAUGAGCUCAGCCUCAGGAGGGGGGACCUGGUGGAGGUCCUGUCCAAGGACUCCCUGGUGUCGGGAGACGAGGGCUGGUGGACCGGUAUGAUAGCAGACCGGGUUGGCAUUUUCCCGUCUAAUUAUGUGAGCAAAGGGAAUGGCAUCCCGGAGGAAAUCCGGGACACCUCGGAGCAGCAGUACUCGGUGCCUCCUCUGCACCUCCUGGAGAUUGAUUUCUCAGAGCUGACCCUGGAGGAAAUCAUCGGGGUGGGUGGUUUUGGGAAAGUCUACCGCGCAGUGUGGCGUGGCUCAGAGGUGGCAGUGAAGGCAGCGCGACGGGAUCCGGAUGAGGACGCCGAGCAAACUCUGGAGAGCGUGCGUCAGGAGGCCAAGCUCUUCGCCAUGCUCAACCAUCCCAACAUCAUGGCUCUGCUGGGGGUGUGUCUGCAGGAGCCCAACCUGUGUCUGGUCAUGGAGUACGCCCGGGGCGGCCCCCUCAACCGGGCCCUGGCGGGGAAACGCAUCCCUCCCUGCACGCUGGUGGACUGGGCCGUGCAGAUCGCCCGGGGCAUGCACUACCUCCACAGUCAGGCCAUCGUCCCCAUUAUUCACAGGGACCUCAAGUCCAGCAACAUCCUAAUCCUCGAGAGGGUUGAGAUGGAAGACCUCAGCAACAAGACUCUGAAGAUCACAGACUUUGGCCUGGCUCGAGAGUGGCACCGUACCACCAAGAUGAGCGCCGCUGGCACCUACGCCUGGAUGGCUCCUGAAGUCAUCCGCUCGUCUACAUUCUCCAAGGGUAGCGACGUCUGGAGUUACGGUGUGCUGUUGUGGGAACUGCUGACUGGAGAAGUUCCAUUUCGGGGUAUCGACGGUCUUGCGGUGGCUUAUGGAGUGGCAAUGAACAAACUUGCUUUGCCCGUCCCCUCUACUUGUCCUGAGCCCUUUGCACGUCUCAUGGAGGACUGCUGGAGCUCAGACCCUCACUCGCGCCCACAGUUCACGUCUGUUUUGGACCAUCUGACGACCAUUGAGGAGUCAGGCUUUUUUGAAAUGCCAGCAGAGUCCUUCCACUCUCUGCAGGACGACUGGAAACUGGAGAUCCAGGAGAUGUUUGAUCAACUGAGGAUGAAGGAAAAGGAGCUGCGAUCGUGGGAGGAGGAGCUGACCCGAGCGGCGCUGCAGCAGAAGUGUCAGGAGGAGGCGCUGAGGAGGCGCGAGCAGGAACUGGCCGAGCGGGAGAUUCACAUCCUGGAGCGAGAGCUCAACAUCAUCAUUCACCAGCUCUACCAGGAAAAGCCUCACGUGGAGAGCAGGCAGGGCAAGUUCCGCCGCAACCGCCUUAAACUCAAGGAUGGGAACAGGAUCAGCCUGCCUUCAGAUUUUCAGCAUAAAAUCACUGUGCAGGCGUCUCCCUCGCACGAUCGACGGAGGAGUUUGCUCAGCAGCAGUUCCAGCCCUCCAACCAGUCCACCGAUACUGCCCCGUCUGAGAGCCAUCCAGCUCACUCCGGGAGAGGGGUGUACAGCCUGGGGUCGCAACACAGGUUUUCAGCAGGAUGAUGAGGAGGUUGAGAGGAAGGGCUCCAGGAAGAAAGGCAGAUCCCGUGCCUGUGGCCAAUACAGGGAGCACAGCGCUGAUGCCAGUGUGAAGCCUCCCCAUGAGGGCAGCAGGCAGCGGUCCUGCAGCGCUCCAAACCUUCGCAGAUCCCCGAGACACAGUCCAGCGGUGCCUGGGGUGCCGAGCCUUGUGGAGAUGGAAAAUGAAGACUGCUGCUUCACUACUGAGCCAGGAGCAGCUCCUGGUCAGUCCUACCUCUGCAUCCCCUUCCACAAGGAAGGUCACUCGGGGGUCGCUGCUACUGCUGAAAGUGAAGGAGAUGAGUACUGCCCCAGUGGCCAGGUGCCAGGGACGCCACCGUGCAAGAAGAGCCCAGCAGGGGGUCGGCGCUCUGAGCUGGUGUUGCUGGGCUGUGGAGCUCUGCUGGCAGCCGUCGGACUGGGCUGCAACCUCUUAACUUUGGCCCAACCGGAGGAAAGCAUUAAAUCACGAUGGGAGGGCUUCUUCCACAGAACAGUGGGGCAGAGGCGAAGCACCAGCCCCCCGACUCGCAGACUGUUCCGGCGGGAAAGCCCGCUGAAGCCCUCGGCGCCCUCACUACCCGAGCGAGGCCUACCCUCUUCCUAUACACUGCUGUCCUUAUCAUCAGUGUCUGACUGCAACUCCACCCGCUCACUGCUGCGCUCCGACAGUGAGGAGCUGUUAGUGUACCGCCCCGCCUCACCACCCGCACAGGCCUCUGUCAAACUACAACAUCAGGCCAUCCAAACCCCAGUCAACCCGCUGGUCAACACCCACCUUGAGAGCUUCAAGCGUAACCCUCGCCAGUCUCUCACACCCACCCAUGUACCCUGCGCUCCAAGUUCCUCACGUAGCCUGCGCCGAACACCAUCAGACGGAGCCAUCAAGAAAAGCUGCCCACCUAAUAGUCUAGAACCUUUGCCAGAAAAAACAACAUUGCAGAACACAGGCGGCUUCAGAGGUUUAAAAGAAGACUGUCAUGAGGUCCCCCGGCUCCCGGAUCCAAAUAUUGUGUUCCCUCCAACACCUCGUCGACGCUGUGCUCCUGAACGCCCCAAAACCCUGGACUUUGUAGCCCGGCCUCGGCCUUCGCCCCGGGCGCGCUGUGAUGUGUUUUGGGCAGAGGGGAGGCCCAGGGGAAAUGGACAUAACCUGGGUAACGGUGAGUCCCCCGCCCACACGUCCAGCACAGAGACUCCCCCCACUGUAGAGUUUGGGAGAGACCCGGCGGUGCUGCCCACCCCCAUGGAGGCCCCGACACCCUACUCCCCCCGCAGGAAUGAAAACCUGUUGGAUCAUCAGGAUGAGGGACAGUACCGGGAUGGAACCGUACCACUCUGCAAACCGGAGAUCAGCUUUCCCAAAGACUCACCUUACCGCUAUAGACCUGGAUUUUGGUCCUAACUCGGCCCCAGCCCUUCACUGGUCCAACACAAGGAGGGGACUGUCCUUGUUGUUAGCCUUUGGAUUGUUACAGGUCUGGGUCAAUUAGUAUUUAAAAACUGAGUCUUUUUUUUAGCUUUAAUUGGUACUUAAUGAGGGUGGUUCACCUUUCUCCAUCUACAAUAUUGUCAAUAAAUUACAGGUAGACAUUUACUGUGCAUAUUUUACCUUUCUGACUUUUGUUGUAUCACCAUAUGUGACAGAAAUCCUCCAACUUGGCAUCUAAAGCUACUACAACAAGCCAUGGAAAGUGUUUGAAAAUAUAAUUUGACCCAGGUCUGGUUGUUAAUGCAUUAGAAGGGCAGAAGAACCAUUUUUCUUAACCCUGCCAUUUGUCAUUCAAGAUGUGAAGGACUUUCUUUUCUCUGUGGGAAUAAACAGAUGAAUGGCUUUGUAGCAGAAUGGCAUUAACAGUUUCACAAAGCUUUACAUACUUUUCUUCAUUUUAAACUUGAGUUGAAGAUUGUGCAUUUAAUUAAGUGCACUUUUGGAAAGCAUCAUGAAUGUAAAGCUUCAGGUUUUUUCCAAAAAAAAAACAAACAAAGAAACGCUGUCUCUGAUUAUUUGUAAUUUGUCUGUUAAAAGCAUUGUGUUAUUUGAACUAAUCUCUAACUCCUGUGCUAGUAGCUGAUGAAUUCCUGUUUUGUACUGAGCACCUGUCAUCACCAAUCACCUCUAUAGAGUGACAUCCCACGGACAGGGUAUGCUGUUGUAUAAUAUGAGCACUUCUUUGCAUUAGCAACCUACAGUCUUGAAACAGUGUCAGUCCGACGUUUGACACUGUCUCGAGCUCUGAACUGUGAACUGUACUAUAGAAAAGAAUGUCACUAAAGCUUCGGUUUCAAUUGGGACUGACUACCAGGAAGUCACAAUAUAUCAAUAAUAUCAAUGAGCUCAUUAAUUCCUCAUUGUUUGUUUGUGGCCCUGUCGGAGAAGCCUGUUUGGAUCCCGAGCCACCAGUUGAGAAAUGUUUCUCCAAACUAAAAAGGGAACUUUGUGUUUGUGAUUCUGUAAAUUGUCUGCCUCAAAAAUUGUUCAUCAAGGUGAAGGAUGUAAAGUAAGUUUUAGGUUACGUAAACGAGAGACUGCAUGGGUGUUGAAUGGGCACACGGGUGAAGCAGGCCCUGGUGGCAUGUGAAAGUUCGUUCGUCAUUAUUUACAUUUGUACUGAUUUGUUUUAUUUUAUUUAUUGAUUAAUUUAUCUGAUGGUUUAUUUUUAUAAUCCAUUGUAUUUGCCUUGAUUUUUGACACUUAUUAAUGUUGCUCAUGAAUGUUUUCUGUGUUUUUGAGCGUUUGCACGAAACUUCAGUUGAUUCUGAAAGUGCAACACUAAAUAGAUUUCACGACUGCAGCCACAUCGACUUGCUUUAUAUUCAAUUCAGUCAGUUUCACUGCAUAUUGAAUUAUCUUCUGUGUUUUUGCUUCUGGGCUUUUGCUUCAACCAGGGUGCAAGUAGUUUCAAUCCAACUGAGAACUACAGCUGAAAUGAUUGAUUAAUCGAUAUAUUGAUAAUCGAUUAAUAGUUGCAGUAAAAAUGCCAAACAUGUCUAGGUCUCAGCCUCUCAGUUGGGAGAAUGUGUUGCUUUUCUUUAUUUUAUUUGACAGUAAACUGAAUAUUUUUUGCUUUUGCACUAUUGUUCAGGAAAAACAAGCAAGUUUAUGAUAACAAGUUGGGCUUUAGGAAACAGUAACAGGCAGUUUUCAAUAUUUUAUAGACUAAACAUUUGAACAAUCAAGAAAACAAUCGACAAAAUUGUAAAAGAAAAACUGUGGAAAAAAGGUAUUUUAUCGAGCUAAAUGCAUGAAAACUGGAUUCUGCACAUUAUUUUCAUUUUGUUUCCACAUUUAUUUAGGUUUUUCUAGAUCAGACUGGGGUUAAAUAUUAUUUUGAAAUAAUUUAUACCCUUUGUUUCAACCUGCUAGACAAGCAAAUUCAUAUUAUUAGGUAAAUUAUGUAAAGAGGUUUCUAAGUCCGGCACGUAAACUGUCAAACUAGCAGGUAAAAAGAGCUAAUUGAUCAAUUAUUUGAAAAGUAAUUAAUAGAAACACUAUCUGAAUGCCUGUUUCUCUCAUUUCAUUUUCAAAUGUCAAGUGACCUCUCAGUCUUUAUCCUAAGUGUAUGUACAUGUAAAUGUGAAUGCUUUUUCUCUGAGGAUGUGCAGAAUGUGAUCAUGCUCAAUGUACAAACACAGUGUUUCAAACUAAGGGUGUUAGUUGAAACGACAUUCUCCCUGUAGCCAAGGUGUCAUUAACUGUCUGAAAUGUUACCAUGAAUAAGCUGAUCCUACUGUUGCUGAUGGACAUUGUUCAGGUUGGGAAUAAUAAUACUGUUAUUGACUGACUUGUAUUUGCACUGGAACACACUGAUUUGAGUAAAAUCAUAGUAAACAACAACAACGAGGGUCACAGAUUCUUUUACAAGUCUGUGUCUUUCUGUAAUAAAUGGAAGGCUAACAGGGUAACAGAAGCUUUUAUCGAUAUGUUUAUAAUAACAACGGAUCAAAUGACUGUGUAAUGUGAAAGAUGUCACUCGUAGUGAAGAACCCACACCUGAUUUAUUGGAGACUCGCAACAGUUUGUGCCUCUCGUGUAUUAGAAUUAGCAUUACAUUACAUACAGAGAUAAGCGUCCAUUUAUCAGAAAGAUAAUUACUCAAAAAUCUUCAACCAUUUGGAUGAAAACAUUUUCAGCUCACUGCUCGAUGAAGGAGAUUUUUUAAAGCAGUUUGGUUUGGCUUAGGAAACAGAGUUGAAAACCUUUCUAGGCAUAAAUUGGACAAAAUAUUGUUUUCAUCCACAUGGUUUGAGAGGCCUUUGAGGAUUGUGCGAACACAUUCAGAAGUAGGAACUACAACUAAGUAUUGUUAAAUUACUUUGUUUUUUUAAACAUCACCUUCCUGAGAAAAGGAUAGCUACCACUGUGACAUUAAAGUAGCUAAAGCUAACACCAGAGGAACAAACUGGGGCAACCCAACACCAAACAACAGACAGAGUUAGCAGGUGAACAUAGUGGAGCACUUAGCAGCUACAGAGUCUUAUUCCCUCAGGAACUGGUGAAGACCAAAAACUGAACUAAAAUGAGAGCGAAUAUUGGACUUACAUUCAUCAGGUGGUCAGAAAACACGUCGUCGAAUGAAUGCUAAUGUUGCUCUGUGAGAAAAACAGAUCAGUUAUUGCAGGUUUAAAGUAUUAGUUCUCGCUCCACUUUUAAAUAAUUGCCUGUGUUAUAAUCAGGAUCUUUUUCUGACUCAUGCCUCCUUAUAUAAUUUUCUGAAAAAUCACCUCCAUGACCCAUCUUAUUACCGAGGCCUCACCAUGGCAACUGCAGAGACAAAAAGGCAUACAAAUCAUUUCAAUCGGCUUCAGUUCACUUGUUUAUUUACACAUGUGCUUUCAUCAGCAUCUCUCCAUAGAUCUAUUUUAGCUUAUGAGGAAUAUCAUGAAGAUGAAAGUUAAAAACUGAAGGGAAAUCCACUGCUGCAGCGCCACAAGAAAAUAUUUCAAUCAAUAGACACAUUUAUUACGCAUACCUUUACAGUAAACACACAGUAUUUGUUGAUACAGUAAAUGCUGUGGAUGAAGUGCUUCGUUUUGGCAUUAAUAAACACAAGUAGCUUGACUCUCCAUAAUA